AGUGCUCCUGCUGACUCGUCGUGUGCAGGACAAGGGGGACUUCUGCUGAGAACAUCCAUUUCACUUCCAUCAAGAAAAAAACAUCACCAUGAGCUCCUCUGUCUUCUGCCGUCGACCUUGGGAUGAUUUUCGAGGUUCCCAGUCGAAAUCGUCCCCGUCCUACUCCUCACCUACAACACCCGAGUCUCACGGGAGACCCUCGAGGGUGUCCUUCUCCCCGACCCGAGUCCUCAGCUCUCGUCUGCUUGAGAAGGAGCAGCUGGUGGAUCUUAACGAUCGCUUCGCAGGCUACAUCGAGAAGGUCAGACUCCUGGAGUUCCAGAACCGGGCGCUGCUGGCAGAGCUGGAGGUGUUGCGUGGCCGAAGGGGCCGCCCGUCCCGCUUGCGGGGCGUUUAUGAGGAGGCGGUGCGCAGUUUGAGUACCAAUAUGGAGUCAGAGAUCCGAGAGAAAAUGAAGAUGGAGGCGGAGAGGGACUACCUUAAGGAGGUUCAUGAGAGGGUGAGAGAACGCUGCGAGGAAGAAGGCCGGCAGCGGGAGGAGGCCCAGGAGGCUCUGAUGCAGGCCCGGGAGGAGGCGGGACGGGCGGCGCUCUCCUACCUUGAUGCCCAAACCACCGUGGCGUCUCUUUGCAACGAGAUGGCCUUCCUCAAGAAGGUCUUUGCGGAGGAGAAGGUGGAGCUGCGAUCACAGCUGGAGGUGGCCAACAUCAGCGCGGAGGAGGUGCCGAGGACGGCGGCGAAGCCCCACCUGGGGGAGGCGCUGCGGGACAUUCGGGUGCAGUAUGAACAGCUGGCCGGCGAAAACAUGCAAGCCAUGGAGGGCUGGUACAGGAGCAAGUGUGCCUUGGCGGCGGACGUGGCCGGCAGGGAGCAUCGGGCUGCGCGGGCCAUCCGAGAGGAGACAUCCGAGUACCGCAGGAUGCUCCUGGCCCGAUCCUCCGACAUCGAGGCGCUACAGAACGUCGUUGAGGUGCUCAACAAGCAGCUGGGGGAGCUGGAGGAGACUCAGGCCACGGAGGUGGACAAGUACCAGACGAGGAUCAACCAACUGGAGCGAGACAUCGACGACGCCAAGCAGGAGAUGGUGUUCUUCAUGAGAGAGUACCAAGACCUGCUCAAUGUCAAGAUGGCGCUGGAUAUCGAAAUAGCCGCCUACAGGAAGCUCCUGGAGGGCGAAGAGCAGCGGCUAUCAGUUCCCUUCCUUCCCACCAUCCACUAAACACCCAACCGCCAUCUUGAAAACACCCCGGCCAUGUUUACAAGCCAUCAGUCAAAUGUCAUCCAUGUCAAAAGGAAAAAUAAUGAUUCCACCACAAGUCCCCCUUUUUCUCCACACAUUCUGACUUCCAAAAACAAUAUAGAAGCACUCCAUGAAGAAUUGUUACCCUUAAAGUCCAAGCAAAACACUUUGUACAAACACUUGAGCAAGUCUUUGCAAAUAGUGCUUGAACUUUAAUAACUGUGUCGGAGUAGUUGGGCCAGUGACCCUAAACCAUUAUUUUACAUCUUCUUCUGCAUUUACGCCCAAGUUAAGAGACGGGCAAAUGUAAAUGCAGAGGAAGCCUAACUGUCGCUGGCGUCUUCUCUCCAUUAUACAGUCUUUAUUGUGAACUGGUAAAUAUUGCUAAGCUAAGCUCAGAUCCAACAUGAAACUGAAUGAAAGCUAACUGUAACCACAAGUUACAAGUCCAAUAAAGAAAUAAGAACUGAA